GCUUAGGUCAGAAACCUCAGAUUGUUCUGGUUUGGCGCAUCGCCAAGCCCAUGCCGGGGAAGCGCUUCCAAAACGAAUUCAAGUGAAAGUGAAAUGAACAAACCGAAACUUUAUCAUCGCGCUAACGGUGUCCAACGGCGAGAUGCAAAGGAAAUUUUGGACGAGCAUGGCCAUCUUCUGCGUUGGAAAGAGACCAACGAAGAAUCAUUGCUGGACAUUGGCUGCGGGAGUGGUGAUGUGUUGAUUGAUUUUGUGAUGCCGAUCGUGCCGCAGAAGCUGGCUCGUGUUCUUGGAACAGACAUAUCAGAGCAAAUGGUUCGAUUCGCUAGAAAAGUGCAUUCCAGUACUGAGAACAUAUUUUUUGAUACAUUGGAUAUUGGAGGCGACAUAUCAGUGUUCUUGGAAAAGUGGGGUUGUUUCGAUCAUAUAACUUCAUUUUAUUGUCUACAUUGGGUACGAAGUCAAAGUUCCGCUUUUUCCAACAUCUAUAACCUUCUAACCCCAAACGGCGACUGUUUGCUGGGAUUCCUGGCUCGAAAUCCAAUUUUCAACAUUUAUGACCAACUUUCGCGCUCGAUCAAAUGGAGUGAAUAUAUGACGGACGUGGACAAAUAUAUCUCCCCAUAUCAGUACUGCGAGAAUCCUGCUGGCGAAAUCGAGGAAACGCUGUCCUCCGUUGGGUUCACCAAGUACAAAAUUCACAUAACGGACAAAAUCUACGUUUACGAGGGGAUCGAUAGCUUGAAAAAAGCUGUCCAAGCUGUCAAUCCAUUCAGCGAACGGAUGCCGAUGGAUUUGCAAGAGGAUUUCCUGAACGAUUAUAUUGGCAUUGUGCGCAGGAUGUCCCUCAGCGAAAAUGUUUGCGGAGACGAGAGUGAUUACAAAUUCAUCACUCCCUAUAAGUUGGUGGUGUUCCGCUUUUCCAACAUCUAUAACCUUCUAACCCCAAACGGCGACUGUUUGCUGGGAUUCCUGGCUCGAAAUCCAAUUUUCAACAUUUAUGACCAACUUUCGCGCUCGAUCAAAUGGAGUGAAUAUAUGACGGACGUGGACAAACAUAUCCCAUAUCAGUACUGCGAGAAUCCUGCUGGCGAAAUCGAGGAAACGCUGUCCUCCGUUGGGUUCACCAAGUACAAAAUUCACAUAACGGACAAAAUCUACAAAAAUAUCUUCCUCGUUGCAGAAGCUGUCCAAGCUGUCAAUCCAUUCAGCGAACGGAUGCCGAUGGAUUUGCAAGAGGAUUUCCUGAACGAUUAUAUUGGCAUUGUGCGCAGGAUGUCCCUCAGCGAAAAUUGUUGCGGAGACGAGAGUGAUUACAAAUUCAUCACUCCCUAUAAGUUGGUGGUGGUUUAUGCAAUAAAAUAGAAAGCAUGAUUUUUGAGCUGGCGUAAGCAUCGAUUGUAAUUUAUUCAAUAAUUGAUAGAAAGGAUUUUUUCAGAGAUUCUCAAUCUGCAAAUAAUUUUUAAUAUUUACGCAAUACUUAUUGAGUACAUUUUCGUCUCAACGGUGCUUCUAUCUUACGCUUUUAACACAUAUUAUUGAAAAAUAAGAAUUAAGAUUCAAGACCGAAUGUAAUAGAGCAAUACAUUUAGAAAUAUUUCAAUUGAUUUAUUUUCAGUAGGAACAUCAUACAAACAGUAAAGGACUAAUACACCUGUUUCGUUUACUUUCAAGAUUCUUAUUGUACAGGUGCGUUAGAUCCGUACUACGAAAUAUGAGUUAAUCUAAUACUUCAUAGCAUAUUUUCCAUAUGGUAUAUUAAAAUUCAUAAGUCCUUUUUAAUUUAAUAUCAACAUUUACUAUUUGAUGUGUUCUUAUUGGAGUUUAAGGAAAGGAAAGAAAGUGUGACAACACUUGAAUAUGGGCCUAAGUUGAUUUAUUCUUCGUCCCUUCAGGCAUUAUAUAAUGUUUGAUAAAAAAUGCAUAAAUGUCAAACUAAAGCUGCUAGCUAAUUCACCGAUUCGUUUGACUGUUGGCAAACAUUAUUACAAUUAGAUGAUUAUUUUACCCGUGGUAAAAAAUAGCCCUACUUCGACGCAUGGUUAGAUUUGGCCAUUUGUUUGGAGAAAAAAUGCGUGUUUGGUUGUUAUUUUAAUCAGAGAUUUUCCUGAUUGACAGAACAUAUUUUUGCAUAUAAACACUAAUAAAUGAUCAAUGGAAAAAUUAAAUACUAUCCGUAGAUAACACUUGUUUUUUUUCAUAACGCGCAACCAUAAAUCCAUAAAAUAGUUUGGAAACUCCUAUUUUAAAUAAUAUUUGGGUUCAUUACUCAACUAAAACAGCAAUUAAUAGGAAUGUAUGUCACGUUAGAUAUUAACAAGAAAAACAAAAAAAAAACAUUUCUCGUACAACAAAUUUGUACCGAACGGCAAUUAUUUCAUUCUAAAAUAAAACUUUUGGUAGCAGGCGCGGAGAUCUAUAGUGUGUCCUCGUGCGGUGUUGCAGCAAUCUUGCUCAUUCUGCAUUCUGGCGAUUUUAACGUUCCGCAGUGGGCAUCUAUCGUAUGUAUGCUUACUAGAGUGAUUCAAAUUUUGAAUUUUUAGAUGCUUAAACGAUUGCAUUUGCUAUUUAAAUAAUUCUCCUAAAUUCUUAAUGAAUUUGAAUGUAAUUAGAUUGUGCACACGUCAUUUCAAGUUUGUAUGUAAAUUAGUGUGUAAAUCGA